AUGCAGCUGCCUCCGGUGGAUGUCCUGUUGGGUUGGCCGACUCCAAAUUACAUUGACCCGGAAACGCGCGGCCCUGCCCUCCUCAUCGUCAACAGCAUCCUCAUCGCACUAACCAUCCUCGUUGUGAUUGCGCGGUUAUACACCCGUAUAGUGAUCAAGAGGUGGUUCGGUAUUGACGAUGUCUUCAUCCUCUUUGCGCUGCUCUUCACGUGCGGUCUCACUGCUGUCGUUCUCCUGGCAAACCUCCGAUAUGGAUGGGAUAGACAUGUUUGGGAUAUACCCUUUCACAUGUUCGUUCCGGCCUACAAAAUCGCCAUGACAGCCAAGGUCGUCUUCACAGCGGCCGCGAGCUUCACGAGACUCUCUCUGCAUUGCUUCUACUACCGAUUGGUUACAGACUCGGGGAAGACAUGGUUCAAGUGGGCGGUUCAUGUCAAUGUUGCCUACACACUCGGCAUCUUGAUAUCGUUUCCCUUCAUCGCCAUCUUCUUCUGCACACCCAUUAAGAACUAUUGGACCAUUGGCGCACCGGCAGACACUUGCAUGGACGAGGGAACUGCGACUCUCAUUUGCGGAAUUAUCAACUGUGUCGCGGAUUUUCUUACUACCCUAACACCAAUACCUUUGGUCAUGGGCCUUCACAUGCGUCUGCGUGAGCGCAUGGCUGUCGCCGCGCUAUUCGGUAUGGGGCUGAUUGUCUCUGCUGCUGGUAUUGUGCGUACCUGGUUCAUCUAUCGGAGUCUCUUCAACAACGAGUACGAUCAAACCUGGUACGCAUAUCCACUGUGGAUUGCGGCCGCUGUCGAGAUAGACUUGGGUGUAAUAUGCGCCUCGGCUCCAGUACUAAAACCUCUCCUCGCGAAGAUCCCCUUCAGUCUAUCGCAAUCCUUCUCAGGUGGCAUAUCCUUCAAGAAGAGCGCGCACUCAUCAAAGACGCUAACCGCCAACGCAUCAGCGUCGCAUUCCUCCACGAACCGGAAAUCCACAGCACCGCGCAAUGCGCCAGAACUCGCAAACGACAAGGGCAACAGCUAUGAGAUGAAGCAUUGGGCGGACACAGAGCAAGAUUUGGAGCGAGGGAGCCAGGAAGCUAUUUUGGAAGAGGAGGAAGCUCCCAAAACGGGAAUGUCCCGCCUGUGGGGCAAGGUCCGCCCGAAAAGCAACAAUGGAAAUAUGACCACGGACACCGACAUGACCAUCACUUUGACCAGCGAAGUGGAACUGCAAGUCGAGCGGAUGAAGCAACGUCCGGCGCGGUACGAGACACACGGUGACCUCCAUGAGAACCACAUGCCAUUACCACCGUUGGCACCGCGAUCCAGCGGACACGACCGGUGA